UUUAAUUUCUGUCAAUUGACAAGAUUGUCAACAUUGGAAAGUGUACCUAUCUCAGCAUAAUAAUUAUAGUGUUUAAAACAAUUGUUUGUUAGUUUUACCAUUUUAAGUUAUAAAAAAUGUUUGUAAGAUAAAUUUGAGAUUACUACUGGGAUAUGUAAAAGCCGGUCAUGCCUGAAAAAUGAAAAUACAGCGAUACGCCACCUGGUAUAUAUGAUAUAAAAUUUAAAGUUUAUGAGCGAAUUUCUACUGUCGAAGUAAAUUUGAUAAUUAUAUAAAGAAAAAAUAUCAUUUUUGUGGAAUUAAUAAAUUCUAUUUUUGCUAAUGGUAUUGAUUAUGUAGUGGUGUGCGACAAAUGUGAAAAAAAUUAGCCAAAGUAAUAACACCAGAUUCGCAUGGAAAGCAGAAGUUUCAAACAGAACUAAAAGCGUUGGACGUAAAAUCGGCGAAAACAUACAUGGCAAUUUGCAUUAUUGCCAAUAUUUUAAUUAUGAAAAGGAAAAUCUGUACGAUGUGUGGCAAAAAAUUGAUUGACACUAAAUGUUAAAGACAGUCUUCCGCGUGAAAAUUUGAGAAAAAACUACAAUUCAAAAUGAAUACUCGGAUGUUUCAACAUAAAAAUCUUCCUCUUCAUUAUGCUAUGUCUUGUGGAGAUAAAGAAAUUGUAAAAGAGCUUUUACAAGAAAAUAUUAAAAUUGAUGAUCACGAUGUGACUGGUAAGACCAUACUACACUAUGCAGUUGAAUCGAAAAACUUAAUAAUUGUUAAGGAGGCAUUAAAAUAUAAUCCUGAUAUUAAUAAUGUAGGCAAUAGUAGUUCUCUUAUAACUGCAUUGAAUGGAGAUGGAGAUGAGAAUAAAAAGAUUUUUCAAGUUCUUGUAGAAUAUGGAUUUAAUGUCAAAUCCAUAGAUGCAGAAAAUCCUCAGCAUUUAAUUUCUGCAGCUGAAAAAGGAUGUUUUAAGAUUGUCCAAGAAUUACUAAAAUAUGAUGUUGAUAUUAACUAUUCUGGCCGGGAUGGAAGAACCGCAUUGCAUUAUACAACUAUGAAAAACUAUUCUGAUGAUGAUAAUAAUAUUAAAAAAGAAAUUGCUUCAAUUCUUAUAAGUAAGGGCGCCAAUGUGAAUUCAAUAGAUUCAUAUAAUAGAACAGCACUUCAUAACGCUUCUCAAAAUGGACUUGUAAAAAUUGUUGAGGUUCUAUUGGAACGUAAUAUAAAUGUAAAUGCUAAGGAUUUGAAUUCAUACACUGCUUUGCACUUUGCAGCUGUAAAUGGCCAUGAAGAGAUUGUCAAAUUAUUGUUAGAAUUUGGUGCCGAAGUUGAUUCUAAAACAAAUGAUGGCAGCACACCAUUUCAUCAUUCUGCUGCAAGAGGAAAUAAGAAAAUAUGUGAAAUACUUUUGAAUAAAGGAGCAAAUAUAAAUGCUAAAAAAAAGAAUUCAGAAACCGCAUUGCAUUCUGCAACUGAUUAUGGUCAUCAAGAGGUUGUAAAAAUAUUGCUAGAUUUUGGCGCCAAAGUUAAUACUAAAACUGUUGAUGGCAGGACACCACUUCAUCUUUCUGCUGAAUUAAGUAGAAAAGAAAUCUGUCAAAUGCUUUUGAAUAGAGGCGCUGAUAUAAAUGCUAAGUAUAAGAAUUCAUACACCGCAUUGCAUAUUGCAACUUUACAUGGUCAAGAAGAAAUUGUAAAAACAUUGCUAGAUUUUAACGCUAAAGUUAAUUCAGAAACUGAAGAUGGCGUAACACCUCUUCAUAUUUCUGCUACAAGGGGUUUUGAUUCACCUAACCAUGAAAUUUGUAAAAUACUUUUAAAUAAAGGAGCUGAUGUGAAUGCUAAGAAAAAGAAUUCAGAAACAGCAUUGAACAUUGCAAUUAAAGAACGUAAUGAUAAAGUCAUACAAACAUUAUUAGAAUACGGUGCCGAAAUUGAUUCUAAAUCCAAUGAUUGCACCACACUAUUUUAUCAUUUUGCUGGUAUUGGAGAGGAAGAAACAUGUAAAUUGCUUUUGAAAAAAGGAGCUGAUGUAAAUGCUAAGCUAGAGAAUUCAUUAACAGCAUUACACAUUGCAACUCAACAUAGUUAUAAAAGUUUUGUAGAAAUAUUGCUUGAAUUUGGCGCAGAAGUUGAAUGUACAAAUAAUAAUGGCGACACACCACUUCAUUUUUCUGCUCAAACUAAAAAUACAGAAAUCUGUAAAAUGCUUUUGAAUAAAGGAGCUGACGUAAAUGCAAUAAAUGAUUAUGAAGGCACUGCCUUGCUCUAUGCAAUUCAACGUCGUCAUGAAGAGUUAGUAAAAUUAUUGCUUGAAUUUGGUGCCGAAAUUGAUUGUAAAUAUCGUAAUUAUAAUGUACCUAGUGAAUUGCGUAAAGUUAUUGAUUGUAACUUAAUUAAAAGAAAAACGGCAAAUUUAUUUGUAAGCGAAAACAGUCUAUUAUUUUUUAGCGACAGUCUUAUAGGAAGUGAUUUUCAGCAAGAAUGCGAGAAAGAAGUAUUAUCCUUGAAGCAUGAAAAAAUUAAUAACACAUACAUUUCUUUUUUUGACAUAUUAAGUAAAGAUUGCUUAUUAGCAAUGUACAUGAAAAAUGAGAAUAUUGUGCAGACUCUAAAAUCAUUGAAUUAUAAAAGAAAGUUUCCAAUUUACGGCAACAUGAUAGAAUGUAAUUUUCUAAAGGGUAUGAGAAGAAGAGAGUUACUAGACAAAUGUUAUAAAAUUUUUCCUCUUUUAUGUAACAACUUUACCGAGUCACCACAAUGCUAUACUGAAAAAAUACUUAGUUACCUAAAUAACAAGGACUUAAGUAUUUUAAUUAAAACAUGUCUCCCUGUUGACAAGUAAACUUACAAUUAGUUUGAAGGAAUUUUAGAUAGGCAGAUCUGUUUUUUUGUAAUAUAGAAAAUUACUACGCAAAUGCUCCUUCGAAAUUAUUUUUUUCUCUAUUUAUAUGAAUUUUUUUGUUCUUUAAAAAUUGUUACACUUUUUUUGUAAAGUUAAUAUUAAUUAACAUAUUUAAAAAUAUAAGGUAAAAUAAAUGAGAAACUAAAUCAAAAAAUUCAUCAUAAAGUUAAUAGAAGUUCUUUAUUCCUGGAGAAUAGGAAAUAAUAUAUUUAAGUUUGGUAUUUUUAUACUUAUAUAUACAUAAUCAGAAUUAAUAUUAAGUAAGUAUUGUAUUUGUAAUAAAAAAU